AUGGGGGUUAUGUCCAGGCGGGUUCUUCCCGUCUGUGGUAACCUCUGUGUGUUCUGUCCUUCUCUGCGUGCAAGAUCAAGGCAACCGGUGAAACGUUACAAGAAAUUGAUGGCUGAUAUAUUCCCGCGUAAUCAGGUUGCCGAGCCUAAUGAUAGGAAAAUUGGAAAGCUAUGUGAGUAUGCUUUUAGGAAUCCAUUGAGAAUUCCUAAGAUUACUGAGAACUUGGAGCAAAGAUGUUAUAAGGAUUUGCGUAAUGAAAAUUUUGGUUCAGUGAAAGUGGUCAUGUGCAUAUAUAGGAAACUGUUAUCAACAUGUAAGGAGCAGAUGCCACUGUUUGCCAAUAGUUUAUUAGGGAUCCUUCGAACUCUUCUAGAGCAAACUCGUUCAGGGGAAAUGCAGAUCUUAGGUUGCAACACUCUUGUGGAAUUUAUAGAUUGCCAGACGGAUGGUACAUACAUGUUCAACUUAGAGGGUUUUAUACCAAAACUAUGUCAAUUGGCUCAAGAAGUGGGAGAUAAUGAACAAGUUCUGCUUCUACGUUCAGCUGGGCUGCAAGCGCUAUCCUAUAUGGUGCAGUUCAUGGGAGAGCACUCACAUCUUUCCAUGGAUUUUGACAAAAUUAUAUCAGUGAUUUUGGAAAAUUUCACGGAUCUCCAAUCCAAAUCCAAUCUUGCCAAAGUAGAGAAAUUGAAUUCACAAUCUCAGAACCAAUUGGUCCAAGGAUUUCCCAUAGAAGGAGAUCGUCUACAUUCUUUAUCAGAUAAGAAGGAUGCUUCCUUACUCAAUGGUGUGACUGGAACUGAGACAGAAUCCAAGCUGGAUACUGCUAAAGAUCCUGCUUAUUGGUCAAAGAUUUGCUUGAAUAAUAUGGCUAAGUUGGCCAAGGAAGCUACAACUGUGCGGCGUGUCCUUGAACCAUUUUUUCAUAUAUUUGAUGCGGAAAACCACUGGUCUUCUGAAAAUGGAGUUGCUUCUUGUAUUUUGGUGUAUAUGCAAUCCCUUGUAGAAGAAUCAGGAGAUAACUCCCAUCUUCUGUUGUCCAUUUUGGUCAAGCACUUGGAUCAUAAAAAUGUGGCUAAGCAGGCUAUCCUUCAGAUUGAAAUUAUUAAAAUCACCACGCAGCUUGCACAAAAUGUGAAGCAGCAGGCUUCAGUUGCUAUCAUUGGUGCAAUAUCUGACCUCAUUAAACAUUUAAGGAAAUGCCUGCAAAAUUUAGCUGAAGCAUCCAACAUUGAAGAUGGUGCAUAUAGGUUGAAUACUGAACUUCAGUCUGCCUUAGAAAUGUGUAUAUUACAACUUUCAAAGAAGGUUGGUGAUAUAGGACCAAUUCUUGAUUUGAUGGCUAUGGCACUGGAGAAUAUCCCAAUUACAACCAUCACAGCAAGAUCAACAAUCUCUGCUGUCUAUCAAACAGCAAAAUUAAUCACUUCCAUCCCAAAUGUGUCAUAUCACAAUAGGGCAAGUGUUGAUAAUUUGAUUGCAAAUGAUUUUUUUAAAUGCUCAGCUCCUGUAAACGUCUAA